ACCUCAGCGCGAUCCAGCCGAACGGUCAGUUGGCAGUAGUUCUUUGUCUCCGGUUCGAGUUAGAUCGCGAGUAGGUACUCUUCUCUGUUACCAGCCGCAGUCCGACAGAAACAGACGUCAAUUUCUUUAUCGCGCAAGGAAUCAAUCACUUUCUUGCUGCUGCCUUUUGUCUGAUAACCGGACAGUUUCAGCAGCGCGCCGCUAGUGGGAAGAAGCAACUCGCCUUCAAUCGUCUGCUGGACGUUGGUCAGAGUGGACGUUCUUGAGAUCGGGCUUCCGGGGUUUUCGAAGCGGCUUAAUUCGAAACGUGAAACUCGCGAGUGAUUAACAGUCAAGUUUGUUUGAAGAUGAAAUAGUGAACGGCUGUGGAUUUUAAGUGAUUUAUUCUCUGCGAAGUAAUUUGAUUUUGCCAAAAGCAAAUCGAAGAACGUAUAUAAACAGAACACAAGUGCAAGGUAAUAUCAAGUGAAACGAUGGAUAUACUGCAGCAAGAGGUGCGUGGUAUAGCCUUGACCACGAUCAGCACCGACCAAAAUGGACCGGUUUACAACCCAACCACGGUUCCCUUGAACCGAAAGGAUUCACGAAACGCGGAAGCCGGAAUGGUGCUGAAUAAUACGAACCAUGGCCAUAACAACAACCACAGCAUUUAUCAGUCCCACAAUGACAUUGAGUCGCUGCAGAUUCGGCCCUUCCAAAAUUUGCCAGCCUGCGAACCGGUCGAUAUCCAGUUCAAGGAUGUCACCUACUGCGUCAGCAUGGGAUUUCGGAAAGGUCAGAAGGAAAUUUUGCACAAUGUCAACGGAAAGUUUCCUGGUUCGCAGCUGAUCGGCAUUAUGGGCCCCUCUGGGGCGGGGAAAUCAACACUGCUGGAUGUGCUCUCCGGUUACCGGCGGACAGGGGUUGAGGGUGCGGUCUAUGUCAAUGGGAGAAUCCGCAACCUGAACAGCUUUCGACGGAUGACGUGUUACAUCACGCAACAGGAUCAGCUGCAGACGCUCCUGACGGUGUUGGAGAACAUGCGGAUCGCGGCGGACCUGAAACUGGGAGCUGAUGUUUCCAAGCACGAGAAAGAAUCACUGAUCGAAGAUAUCCUCACGGUUCUUGGCUUGUAUGAACAUCAAAACACGAUCACCAGUCGGUUGUCGGGCGGUCAGAGAAAGCGGCUUUCCAUUGCGCUGGAAUUGAUCAACAAUCCAACGAUUAUGUUCCUGGAUGAACCAACCACUGGCUUGGACAGUUUCUCCUGUAACCAGGUUGUGCUUCUCCUGAAGCAGCUUGCCAAUCAGGGACGUACGAUUAUCUGCACCAUCCAUCAACCAUCGGCGAAAUUGUUCCAUGAAUUCGAUCAGGUCUACGUUCUGUCUAGUGGGGAAUGUAUGUACCAAGGCAGUACAGCAAGUUUAGUACCGUUUCUUCAGUCCGUCGAUAUGCCCUGUCCGGUGUAUCACAAUCCUGCUGAUUAUGUUAUUGAAUUGGCGUGCGGCGAGCACGGGAUGGAGAAGGUUCAAACGAUGGUGCUGGAGAUGGGUAACGGUGAGAGUACGGACUGGUUCGGGGAUAAGCGAAGGGUGCUGAAGUUGGAGCAGCUUCGCAAAAAGUACCCGCUGAAGAAGAUCAUUGAGCAGAGUGAAAAUUUACACGCGACCUCCCAGUGGCACCAGCUUAAGGUGCUGAUCAGCAGGGGGAUCAUCAAGGCGAAAAGAGAUGCAACGUUGACACAUCUCAGGAUAUGGGUGAACAUUUUGAUUGCUGGGAUGCUGGGUUUCCUGUUCAUUGACGCCGGUAACGAAGGAUCUCGUGUGUUGGAUAAUUACAAUUUGUUGUUUUCGGUGCUGAUGCAUCACAUGAUGGCGACCAUGAUGUUGACUGUUCUUACCUUUCCAACUGAGAUGGGGGUUGUUUUAAAAGAACAUUUCAACCGGUGGUACACACUCAAAAGUUACUAUCUUUCUGUGAAUUUAAUCGAUCUUCCUAUUUCGUUUUCCUGUUGCUUGGGUUUCACGUGCAUUAUUUAUUUUAUGAGUGGGCAACCAAUGGAGAUGUUCCGGUUCGGAAUGUUUUUUUCCAUCAGCUUCCUGAUCGUGCUGGUUGCGCAGAGUAUCGGACUGGCGAUUGGUGCCUGGUUUAACGUUGUGAAUGGAACCUUCCUCGGUCCGGUGCUGUCCAUCCCGAUGAUGAUGUUCGCCGGUUUCGGAGUGACGCUGCGCGAUCUUCCGGGCUAUCUGAAGUGGGGGACGCACAUCUCCUACCUGCGCUACGGUCUCGAGGGUUACGUAAAUGCAAUUUACGGCGAGAAUCGUGCCACGAUGGACUGUGAGCUGAAGCCAUACUGUCACUAUAGGUACCCAGCAAAGUUCCUGUCGGAAAUUUCCAUGGAGGGCGACCAGUUCUGGAAGGAUUUAUACGCACUGUCGAUAACGCUGGUUCUGGUGCGCAUUUUGUGCUACUUCGCACUCCGCUGGAAGGUUAUGGCGGUACGAUGAGAACCCUCCCGAGCUAACGGAGUACUGCUGUGCGGUUGCGGUUAUUACAUACAAACAACCCAUGCCAAACUUGUUGCCAAAUUUCGAAAAGACAAACAACCAUUUCGAAUCAUUUGUAUUUUGUAUAUAAGGAAUGAUAUUUUAUCAGUAGAUAGUGAUAUUUAUUUUGUAGGGGUAAGCGGGGUAAGACCGCCCCCUUAAGCAAUUCUGUUUAUAGAAAAAAAAGUUGCGGCUGCAAUUUCAUUUUUUCUUCGCUAAGAGGUUCUUCUAUUCAAUACCCGCAUUUAAAAAAUAGGAACUGAAAUAUUUUUGUUUAUUUUCCAGCUUUUUUUUUAAUUUUAAAAAUUCAUUGAAAAUGUGCAGAUCUUUUUCAUGCGGGGUAAGCCCACCCACCAGCGGGGUAAGAUCGCCCACCAUUUUUUGAGGAUAAACAAUAUUUUUAGUGCCAAAACGGUUGAUUCUAUCGGUAUAGUGUCUCUGACAAAGUUGUAGAUGGUAUAUUUUUUCUUUUUAAAUAAAAUAUACACUGUGAAAAAUCUGAAAAAAAAAUUU